CGGAUCAAUUGACUUAAAAGAACAUUUGGCCGCAAAUGUAGAAUUUUCUAUAUUGGCAGUUUGAAGUUAACAGGAUGAAUAAGGUGAUUUUGGUAACAGGAGCCAAUAGUGGCAUUGGCCUGGCACUGUGUGAGCGUCUCCUUUCAGUGGACAUAGAGGGUCUCCAGCUUUGUCUGGCCUGCAGGAACAUGCGCAGGGCUGAAGCUGCUCGCUCAGCUCUCCUCACCUCUCACCCCAAAGCCCAGGUGGCCCUGCUGCAGAUGGACACCAGCAGCAUCUCCUCCGUCAUUAGUGCUGCACAGGAAGUCAAAAUAAGGUACGACCGGCUGGACUACCUUUACCUGAAUGCAGGGAUCAUGCCAAAUCCACAGUUUGAUGUAAAUGCCUUUUUCAAAGGCCUCUUCUCCAGAAAUGUCAUCACAAUGUUUGCCACCGGUGAGGGGAUUCUGACACAGCAGGAUAGUGUUACCCCAGAUGGCCUCCAGGAAGUUUUUAUGACAAAUCUCUUUGGUCACUUUCUUCUUGUCAGGGAGCUGGAGUCAAUGCUGUGCCUCGCAGGCCGGACCUCCCAGCUGGUCUGGACCUCCUCUAGUAAUGCUCAUCGUUCGGCCUUUAGUCUCGAAGACAUUCAACAUAAAAAAGGCACUCAGACUUACAGCUCUUCCAAAUAUGCCUCUGACCUGCUCAGCCUCGCACUCAAUACACACUACAAUAAACAGGGUUUGUACUCAUCUGUGAUUUGUCCUGGUUUUGUGAUGACCAAUCUGACCUACAACAUCCUGCCCUCCUUCCCAGCAUUCCUCUGGACACUGUUUACGCCUAUCUUCUGGCUUAUAAGAAUGUUCACAAACACUUUCACAUUGACACCUUAUAAUGGAGCUGAAGCUCUGUUUUGGUUGUUUAAGCAAAAGCCUGAAUCACUGGACCCAUAUGCAAAGUAUCACAGCUUAACAUCUGGGCUAGGGAACAACUACACACAGCCCCGUAAGAUGGACAUUGACUUGGAGAAAUCGGAGUCUUUGUAUGAGAAAUUACUGCAGCUAGAAAGAGAAGUAAGGAAGAAACUGAAGGACGAACAAAAGGAAAGCCCACCUUGAUCCCCCAAAUCCUGCAUCGCCUUGAUGCAUAUCACCCAGUUCUGGAUGGAAAACAUUUUAUUCCCAUCUCACAGGUCUCCUAGGAGGAUUAUGUGCUCUGGCUGUCAGAAAGAUAACACAUCUCUACCUGUCACAGCAACCCGCAAGCCUGAAUUUUAAGUGGGAACUGAUGAGUGUGGUGCAUGUUGUGACAGCAUACAUUUUCAUCUAACAAUACAAAUAAGCACUGCCUGUUCCGCUAAUUCUUAUUCAGAGACUUAACAAAUUAUCAGAACCUACUAACAGAGUUUUGGAGUCUAAAUACACAGAAAUAAAUGUGAUCACCACUAUGCAUUUUCUCCACUUUCUCCAAUCUGGUUGUUAAUCCCAUGGUCCUCGCGGCAAAACGCAGUGCAGUCUGACAGCAGACUAUCUGUGUCUUCCCAAAAGUUGAUAUAGGUACUUCGUGUGAGCCUCUCGGCGGUGUACGGAGGUGCCGGCAGGUGCGCACAAGCGCUCUCGAAAUACCUCUCCGGAGGAUCUGGGGCAGAAACCCAGCAGCCAUCUCCGUGUUCCGUUUGGUCUCCAGUCUCGCACUCCUCCUCUGCUCCGCUCAGUUUCGGAUUGCAAAAAGCCCAAACCAUCCCGCAGAAAUAGAUGAAAAACGUGCCCAUGACCAUAAUCAUGAGCGCGUAGGACUCUAUCAUAGCUUUGGUGACUGCGGACGUCAUUUUGCGCAUAUGCAGGAGUUACUGAACGGACUACCGAAAGUCUGGUCGCGAGGGGGAAGUCAGCAAAAGUGGCAUCACCGUUCAAGCUGGACCACUCAGAAACGCGAGACAGAUAUAGGUAAAAAAAAAA